AGGCUCUAGGGCUCAACACUUCCAAGAUGCCCGGUGGCUAGCGCUGCGCCGCGACCGGGCGACCGGAUCCGCGCCAUCCGCGUGAGAAACCGAAGGUUUCGCUCGCUCGAGCCAUGUGGGGCAACCUCGGGAAUCGCUUCAUCUUCCCGGCGCCGCAGCCGUCGUAUGGUGCCGCCUCGUACAAGCGGAACCUCUGCUGGAUCCCCUGGAACAGCGUGAUCUCCCCGACGCGCGCCAACACCGCCAGCGGCAUCCCGUGCCUUUGGUUUCCUGCGCCCAAGGCGGCUACGGUGAUCCUGUUCUUCCACGCCAAUGCGGAGGACCUGGGCAUGUCCUUUGCCGUGCUGCGGCACAUACGGGACCAAUUCAAGGUGAAUGUGCUGGCGGUGGAGUACCCGGGCUACGGGCUGCUUCACCAUAUGGAGCCUUCAGACAGCGCGGUGUACGAGGUGGCGCUGACCGCUUUCCGGUUCCUGGUGGACGAGAUCGGCGUCAGGUACUCCCAGAUCAUCCUCUUCGGGCGGUCGUUGGGCAGCGGGCCCGCCGUGUUCCUGGCGGCGCAGUACCCGGUCGGAGGUCUGAUCCUGGUCUCGGCCUUCAGCUCCAUCAAGGCGGCGGUGCAGAGCAUCAUCGGCCGCGCCGUGGCCUGGACCUUCACCGAGCGCUUUCCCAACAGCCGGAUCAUCGCCAACGUGUCGUGCUCCACGCUGUUCAUCCACGGGGAGGCGGACAGCUUGAUCCCCGCGGAGCACUCCCUGCGGCUCUUCAAGCGCUGCCGUGCCCGGAAGCUGCUGGUCACUCCCCCGAACAUGGAGCACAACUCCAACCUCUUCGGGGACGCCGCGUUUCUGGCGGUCCCGGCGAUCCACUUCUUCGGCUUCCCGGGCUACUACACGGCCUCGCCCCCGAGGCUACAGGCGCACCUCUUCGAAGAUCCCGCCAAGAGAGCGAGACGCGAGAGCUCCAGGCCAACGUCCUCCGGGAAACCCAGCUGGCUCUGUGACUGCUUGGCAAAGGGUGACGCACAACACGUGGAUGUGACCUUUUGCCGACAGGAGAACUCGGUAGAGGAUCUCACCAUCCGUUUCAAUGGACAGUCGCAAGAGCCAAAGGAGGAGCAGGGCACUCCGCCCUUGUCUCCGGCCCCGCAAUGUCGAGAACCCGACCCCGGGCUUGAGGAUAACGAGAUGGAGAACGAUAUCAUGCAGUCAGACAUUGAGAUGCCGUUGGAGGAUCAAGAGGAUCACGCAGAUACCCCGCCGAAACGUGCGGGCGGAGAAGGGGGCACGGAUGAGAUCGUGAUGUCAUACACAACCUGACUGGCACAUCUGAGUUGUCAGCUUCUUUCGUGC